UAAAAAAGACUAAGCACAGCCCUCACAACUAGCUACUUGUUUGCCUUUCUUUCACGCCUACGCUACAUUCGUCAUGUGUCAAGUAAAUUAAAGAGCAAGCAACAAGUAAGAAGUCGGAAGUGCGAGUGCGAGUACGAGCGCAAGGAGAGUGUAAAAAGAAAUGCGUAAAGUGUAGCGCACACUCGUAUUUGCAUAUGAUUAAUUUCAUACGCUUGCCUGCUAAUCAGCGAGCAAUUUGUACAACUGCCUGACAAGGCUGCUGACAAAAGGGGUGCACAAUUUGCAGCAGGAAUACAGGGUAGUGGCUAGAGGGUAGACGGUAGAGGGUAUGCGCUACUGGCUGCCCACAAGCUAAUGAGCAGCUUGUGACAUAUAAAGGCAACUGGCGAGUGGCGCCUCGGCUUCAAGUGAGUGUCACGUUUAUCUAUGGGCAGAAUUAAUAAAUUUUCAACGUGGGAGAGCUAAAUAAAAAAAACAAAUGAGCAGCCGUUAGCAGCUUAAGAGUACGGCGUAAAUUUAUGACACUUGUUGCUGAACGAAGUGCGCCCCCUCCAAGCCAUCUGCUUAUUAGGGCUCGCUCUUUAGCCGUGUGUAACGGUUUAGAAAUGUAAACGAGAAACGUUUUAUAAUUAUUUUAUGGACUUCAAAGUUCGCAGUCGUCUGUCUGAGAGUGGGGCAGGACUAGCUCGCUGCUGCUGCUACUGGCUGCUUGGCUGGUUGGCUGACUGGUAUAUAAAGCCAUUGAAAGUGGCCAUUGAGUGCACAGUUGCUUAUCUUGCCAAUCUGCGAACACACACGCGCUUCGUUUGCAGACGGAUUAACCAUCACAAACAUCGAAUCCAAGCAUGUUGUCCACCUGGCGCCUACUGCUCUUGCUCCUUGGCAUUUGCAGCCAGCUCUAUGCUCUGCCCACGCACACGGCAACGGAUCUGGAGCUGAACACCUGUGAGCUGCAGCUUGGCAAGUAUCGUCGCUUCAUACUGCAGGCCAUACUCAGCUUCGAGGAUGUGUGCGAUGCUUACAAUUCACGGCGCAUCGCUCCAGAUGAUAGGCCCAGCACUUCCGACACCUGGCUAUUCGAUCAAUAUGCGCCACCACCAACAUCACAGCGUGGCGAGAUUUGGGCGUUCUUCAAGCUGCUGAUGGCACAGUUCAAUGAUUUAGAGUUCGCCUCCAUUAUAAGAGAUUCGGUCAUCGAACGCUGUCGCCUCAAAGUUCAGCGGGAUGACAAACGCAAUUCGGUUGUCCUCGGCAAGAAGCAGCGCUUCCAUUCCUGGGGAGGCAAGCGUUCACCGGACCAAGCAUCGACGCUUACAUUGUCCGAUGCAGUGUCUGCCGUAGCCGGCGCAGGCAUGGAACACAAUUUCUAUUAAUCUCAGAGAUUUCAAGUAAUCAGCUCUUGUUCGCCCAUCUAAAACUUCGUUCCAGAUAUGUAUGAAAUGUCAAUCUACCAAUUAAUUACUGCACUAGCUCUAAAUAUUUAACAACAAUAAAAAUAAAAAACGCUGAGAGA